CGAGGGAUGCGUUCGGAGGCCGGCUGACUCAGCCGGCUGCUGCGGGCAGAGGCUGGGCUGCAGGUUGGGCUGCCCGGGCCUGUCGCCCGCGGCACCGGAGCGUGUCGGAAUCGCGCGGGUCCCGGCUGGAAGGGGACGGGCGCCGCGCCGUCCUGCCCUGCAGAUGCAGUGGGAGGUACGAGGCGCCCAUUCCCAGCAGAGCAGCUGCCCAGCCGAUCCGCUCCCAGGUGAGAGCCCCCUUCCCCCUGCCCCCGGCCGUGCCGAGCCCUGCCAGGCUGCACGGAGCUGCUACGUGAGCUGGCACAGGUUCAAUGCCCUCCUGGGUGUCGCACCUGCCGCUGCCAAGCCCCGGCGCUCUGGGAUGAGACCAGGUGAAGCUCAUCAGGAUCCACACCCAGGGCAGGAGAGCACCGUGUCAUCACUUCAAGGGGGCAGAGGGGUCCACGGGGCCUGCAGAGGGCAAAGUGGGGCUGGGCUGGGCUGUGCGUCCCACACCCUCACGGCACGUAGAAGGAAGCUGUUCUGCCAGCGCCGGGGAUGGUCAUGGGAGGACGGCCAGGAUCUGGAAGGGUCGGAUCUCACCUCACCACUCACCAAAGUCUCUCCCCACAGCACAGCGGCGUCACUCGCAGGCCCAGGCACCCAGCCCUGAGCCAUGGCACUGCUCACCCACCUUCUGGCCUGUGCCUUCGGCAUGGGCUCCUGGGUGGCCAUCAACGGGCUGUGGGUGGAGGUGCCACUGCUGGUGACGGUGCUGCCGGAGCAGUGGUACCUCCCCUCCUACAUCACCAUCAUCAUCCAGAUGGCCAACGUGGGACCACUCUUCGUCACCCUCAUGAAUCGCUUUCGGCCUGGUUUGAUGAAGGAGGUGGCUGUUAUCUAUGUGAUCGUGUCCGUGGGUGUCAUGGCCUGCUUGCUCCUGGCUUUCUUCUGGAACCACACGUCCCUCAUUGCCGGGACAUCCCACAGCAUCGCCUUCCUAAUCCUGACCUUCUUCCUGGCCCUGGUGGACUGCACCUCCUCCGUCACCUUCCUGCCCUUCAUGAUGCAGCUGCAGCCCCAGUACACAAACACCUUCUUCAUAGGAGAAGGGCUAAGUGGGCUGAUCCCUUCUCUCAUUGCCCUGGGCCAGGGCUCUGGUAUCUCCAGCUGUAUCAAUGUCAGCUACGAGGUCAACAUCACCACCGGCAACGAGACCGUGGAGAGCACUAUCUUCCAUCUGGAGACCAGCUACCUCCCACCCAACUUCUCCACCCUUGUCUUUUUCCUGCUGAUGACUGCAAUGAUGCUGACCUGCUUGCUGGCCUUCUUCUUCCUCACCCGGCAGCCCAAGGUGUGGGAGCUCUCUCAGCAGCACCUCUUUCCCAGCAGCAUUGUGCUGAACUCAUUUGACCAUAUCCACGAUGAGGGAACUGACUUGCACCUGAGCAGAGGCUGCUCAUGCCCAAAGGAUCCCAAGGGACCUGGGGACAUCCUGCCACAGAAGGUCUCCUACUCCCUGACCCAGCUCACCCUCAUCUACCUCCUCAUCGCCUGGGUGAGCGCCCUGACAAACGGGGUCCUGCCAUCCGUGCAGUCCUACUCCUGCCUGCCCUACGGACACACCACCUACCACCUGGCAGCCACGCUCAGCUCCAUGGCCAACCCCCUGGCCUGCAUCGUGGCCAUGUUCCUGCCCAGCAGGUCCCUGGCCCUGAUGGUCAUCCUCACUCUAGCAGGGACAGGCUUUGGUGCCUACAACAUGGCCAUUGCAGUGAUGAGCCCCUGCCCGCUCCUCCAGCAGUCCCAGUGGGGCGAUGUCAUCAUCGUCCUCUCCUGGGUGCUGUUCACCGGGACGCUCUCCUACAUGAAGGUGAUGGCCGGGGUGAUCCUGCGGAGCCGCAGCCGCAGCGCGCUGGUGUGGUACGGGGUGCUGGAGCAGCUGGGCUCCCUCCUCGGGGCUCUGCUCAUGUUCCCCCUUGUCAACGUCUAUGGCCUGUUCAAAUCUGCUGACUACUGCAGCCUGCAGUGCCCAGCAUGAGUGGGGUGGGCACCCCGAGACCGCUGCUCUUGCCAGCACGAACUCCCCAAAUCAGCGAGGCUGGCUGGCUGGGAAGCAGUGCUGGGACCAGGACGGCUGCAGACACAGCUCCCUGAUGGGCUCUGCCAGGGCGCAGCACCUCCAGGGCUUUGUCCCCAGCCUGGGCACGGGGUGUUCCAUCCUGUGAAAGCAAUAGAAGGUGUUUUGUUUUACUCAGCCCUCUGCCUCCCUGCUGCCUGCACCCCCCAUGCUGAGGGGGCUGUCUGUGCCAGUGCCCCCCACCUGGGUACCUCUCAACUGGGGCCAUGCCC